UUAAUUUUAAGUCCACUGCGCAACUCCAACUGCCGUAAUAAGGACACUAUUGUUGUAAUCGCGCAUUGUGCAAUAAAUGCAGAAAGUAUUCUGUAUGUAAAAAAAAAUAAUUUACUCGAUCUGUUAAAUGAAUAAAGUACAUCUUUUUGCUAUUUUUCCACUCAACUUUCUAUUUGUCUCGAAGCGGGAAAUUUUACGACAUACCAUAAGUGUCGUAUGCUCAUGACAGACCGAAACGACAAAUGUAAACAACGGGAAAUAAAAUGGUUUUCAAAACAGAAAAGCGGAAAAAGCGAGAUGAAAAAGUGAUUGCCUCCACAAGAAGAAGAUGGGAGAGGGAAAGACAAGGAGAGGCGGUAGUGUUGGAGCAUAGUUAUUCAAUACCAAGUAGGCCUAAAAUUCCCGACCUUAACAAUGUUGCAGUGGAAGAAGUUGUGGACUGUGCUUCAGACACUGACACAGAUGAUGAUAGUCAUCAUGAUACACAAGAACAAUCCAUCCCAUGGGACAGUGGACGUCAUAUUGUUGAAUUGGGAGUUCUCGCUAAUGCGCUGGCAGCGUGCAAGAACUGCUCCAGUCCACUUCAGCUGUCCCACACCACUUCAAUUAAAACUUACGGUCUUGCAGCUAUUUUAAAGGUUCCAUGUAGCAAUGCAGAUUGUAGAUAUUUGAACAAUGUCCCUACAGGAAAACAACAUGGAAAAACCCAUAUUUGGGAUAUAAAUACUAAAAUAGCAAAUGCUUUGAUUUAUGCCGGUGUGGGGGUUUCCCAAAUCAACAGCAUUUUGUCAGCUAUAAAUGUUCCCCCUGUUCAACAUAAACUGAUGAGUAAGAGGCAGACAGAAAUUGGACAGGCAGUGGAAAAAGUUGCACAAGAUUCUGUUCUAGAAAGCCUAGAAGAAGAAUGUGAUGCAACAGAAAGAGAAACUGGUCAGAGGGAGAUAUGUGUCUCGGUAGAUGCAGGGUGGCAAAAGAGAGGCAGCGGAAAAGCAUAUGACAGUUUGUCCGGACAUGCAACUAUGAUUGGGACACAAACAGGAAAGGUGGUUGGAUAUAGUGUUCGAAACAAGACAUGUCGUAUUUGUAGCAAUGCAUCUAAAAGUGGAACUGUUCCUAAACCACAUGACUGUAGACAAAAUUGGAAUGGCAGCGCAAAGGCCAUGGAACAAGACAUGAUUGUCGAAAUGGUAAAGGAGAAAGUGGAUGAAGGGAUACAUACAGCUGCUAUUGUUGGUGAUGAUGAUGCAUCAGCUAUUUCUAAAUUACACCAGACAGUUGACCAGAAAAUUGAAAAAAGAUCAGAUAAAAAUCAUAUUAAAAAGAACCUGACCAAUAGCCUCUACCUUCUUAAGCGCACUUACCCAACUUUAUCACACAGAGUAAUCAGAUAUAUUCAAAAAUGUUGGGCCUACAUGGUAUCCCAAAAUAAGGAUAACCCAGAGGGAGUAGCAGUUGGGUUAGACGCCAUGUGGAAGCAUCCCUUUGGAGAUCAUACUCAUUGCUCGGAGUGGUGCCAGCAUAAGAAAGACCCCCACAAGCUGUACAGACAGCUCCCAUUUGGAAAGUGCCUUACUGACAAAAAUCUGCAGAAAGCGCUCGCCGAUAUCUUUUCCAAAUACAAGAGCCACUGCCAAAAAAUUUCCAAACUUGGAUCCACACAGGCCAAUGAAAGUUUAAACAACACAAUAGCAUCAAAAGCUCCCAAGAAAAAUCAUUAUAGUGGAUCUGGAAGUCUAUGGUUUCGAGUAUCUGCAGCUGUUGCGCAGAAAAACAUUGGGCACAAUUAUGUAUCUAAGGUAAAUACAAGGACUGGAUUAUCUCCAGGUGCUUACACCAAAAAGUUGGCUCUGCUUAGAGAUUUACAACAUAGAAAGAGGAAGGCACUGGACAGGACAAGAGCUGCAAAGAGGAGAAGACUGGAAUUAAAAGCCAAAAGGUUGCAAAAAAAUGCAUGCCAGGAGACCAGGGAGGGAAUAACAUACAGCUCCGAGAUUGACAUAAGUGGAGAGAAUCGAGAUGUUACAGAAAUUCCUCCUCCCAUUCUCUUUCCAACGCGAGAACCAGUACAAUUGUCCCAAGAAUAUGUUCCAGUUUAUUUCGAUUUGGAAACAACUGGAUUAGCAAGGACUUCCCACAUUACCCAGAUAGCAGCUGCAGCUGGAGAGGAACGGUUCAGUUGUUUUGUAUUUCCAAAGAAGCCCAUAUCCCCACAGUCCACAAAUGUUACUGGCAUAUCCAUCAAGGACGGGAAUAUGUACCACAAUGGCAGAAAAGUUGAUGCUUCAUCUAUUUCAACUGCAGUUGAUAUGCUGUUGAAUUUCUUUGAAAAAUUCCAUAAAAGAGUUAUUCUUGUGGGACACAAUGUUGAGUCAUUUGACUCGCCCAUUCUAAUGUAUGCUUUAGAUUCUUGCAAUAAGUUAGACUGUUUUUCUAACAUUGUUGAGGGGUUUAUUGAUACUUUGAAACUUUUUAGAAUGGAGAGGCCUGGUCUUUCUUCUUAUAGACAGGAAUUCUUAUGUGAAAACCUUGCAGGUAUAGGUUAUGAAGCACAUGAUGCUCGCAGUGAUGUUGUUUCUCUUCAAUCUUUGAUAUGUUAUCUAAAUAUUGAUGUAUUGAAUGCAAAUGCAAGCUGUAGGUCAGCAUCCUUUACAACCACAAGUGCUGUAGAUUUUUACAAGUAUUCAAAUGUUGUGCAAACAAAUUUACCAUCAUUACAACCUUUACUCAACCACAAAAUCAUCAGCUGUCCAAUUGCAAAAAAGAUUGCAGGUAGUGGAUUACAGUACAAACAUCUUGAACUUGCUUUCACUCGAGAUCCAGUAGAGGGUAUUUAUUCUUUGUUCAGUGAACAGAGUGGGAAGUCUGUCAGAGUUACAAAGUCAAAGAAAGUCAUUGCCAAACUUGUUAAUUAUUUUGCAUCAAUGAGAGAAAGUUAACUUGUACCUAGCAGUACAGUGUAGUUGUUACAUUGUGUUUUGAUGUUGUACCAGUACUUUGAUGACAUGUAUUUGUUCUAAUUUAAUGUUCUAUUGCAUUACAUGUUCUAAUGUCCUGAUAUCAAAACAUUUACAUUUUCUUUUGAAGAGAAAUGUUUCUGAAUUAUAAAUCAAAUGAAUAUAUGAGAAUUAUUUGAUUAAA